AUGAAGUUCAAGAGCCUCGCGAAAAGAAAAGGCUGGGGUGCUGACCAACUCACCGUUCAACUGCUCACGCUGAUCGACGUAGAUCUAUUGCGCGAGGUCGAGCGCAUCGCCAGCGAAUCUUCCGAGAAAGGACAUACGUUUGAAGACUUCUACCUUCAACGCUGCUCGGCACGUCUGCGAGAGCCUGCUCAAAUGUACGCCAAGUUGCCGCAGGAUGCGCAAACAAUUUUGGAGAAUUAA